CGAACGGAAUCAUUUUAAUAGCCAUUUUUGUGAUGGCGGAUGAUAUUUAUAGAUCGUAAGGGUGUUGUUGAUUUUUAAUAAUAAAUGUUUUAAAAUGGAGGAGACAAAAGUUAUUUAUUACAUAGACGAUGAGGAGACGCCGUACUUAGUGAAAAUACCAAUAUCACCAGAGAAAGUGACACUCUUGGACUUUAAGAACCAAUUGAAUAGACCGAACUACAAGUUUUUUUUCAAAUCUAUGGACGAUGAUUUCGGUGUCGUUAAAGAGGAAAUCGUCGAUGAUAACGCACAUCUACCGUGUUUUAAUGGUCGCGUUGUGUCUUGGUUAGUGUCGGCGGAGGGUUCCAACCCAUCGGACGGAGCUUCGCAAUGUACUGAUAGCAAUGCUGGUAAAGCUAAGCAAAACAUACAUGGAGCACCAACAGUUCCCAUUACGAGGGACACGUGUACUGACACCGAUAGCACUAUCAGCUCUAGACCCGGUCACCGGUCGUCAUGUGACAAAUACAAGUAUAGAGGCCUCAGAAUUAAUGGCCAUUCCAAAUACGGGAACCACGGGCUGGAAUACGAAACAGCUUCAGUACUUAGCUCCGAUCUGGACUCCACGAGUCUAUUUGACAGCCAGUCGGAAAUAACAACUACAACUGGCAGGCAUACCAACGCGUCCGUGGACCGCGCGCUCACAGAAUGCAGCAGUGUGUCUCAUUUACAAGUGAGUUCUCGCAAACGGCCACAACGACGGCGCAAGCGACCCCAGGUCAUGUCCAGAACAUCUUCCUACUCCUCGAUAACAGAUUCCACUAUGUCCAUGCACAUAAUAACAGUGACCCUGAACAUGGACACAGUCAACUUCCUCGGCAUAUCCAUAGUGGGGCAGUCGAAUAAGGGUGGUGAUGGUGGCAUCUAUGUGGGGAGCAUAAUGAAAGGUGGAGCUGUGGCUUUGGACGGCAGGAUUGAGCCAGGAGAUAUGAUACUACAGGUGAACGAUGUGAACUUUGAAGACAUGACCAACGAUGAAGCUGUGAGAGUUCUCCGGGAAGUGGUCCAGAAGCCUGGGCCCAUCAAGCUGGUGGUAGCCAAGUGCUGGGACCCAAACCCCAAGGGCUACUUCACAAUACCUCGGACAGAACCCGUCCGACCAAUAGAUCCAGGUGCGUGGGUCGCUCACACCCAGGCCUUGCGCGAGGCGUAUCCACCUCCUCCGCUGUCAUCGGUCCCGGCGUCCCUGCCGGAGCGGGCUUCGGACGCGGGGUCGCUAGCGGAGCCCCAGUUGUCCGUCGGGAUGGAUAUGGCGCUCGUGGUCCGAGCCAUGCUGAGGCCAGAAUCUGGUCUGGAGAUCAGGGAUCGUAUGUGGCUCAAGAUAACCAUCCCCAACGCGUUCAUCGGGGCCGACGUGGUCGACUGGAUCCUGCAGCACGUGGCCGGCAUAGUGGACAGGAGGGACGCCAGGAAGUACGCCUCGCACAUGCUCAAGGCUGGCUUCAUCCGUCACACUGUGAAUAAGAUCACGUUCUCCGAGCAGUGUUACUACGUGGCUGGAGAGCUCUGUGCUGAUAUGGCCGCCCUCAGGAUACGCAGCGCCGACCAGGACAGCCUGGCCUCCGAUACACUAGCGCCUCUACCGAAUCCCAACAUAAUGGGUCCGGGCUACAUGCCUUACGCUGGCUCCUACGGCUACCAGCCCAUACCCUUCAAGUACAGCUCGUGCCUCACCAGCGAGCACACGGUGUACGGAUACAAUCGCGAGGAGAGCGUGUUAUCUGGGAGCGGCGGCUCCAGCGCGGGCUCCGACCACCUCACUACCAAGGAACCCCCGGGUCCUAACCGCGAGAACGAGGUGAAGUCUACCUCCAGCGGUUCAGGUGCCAGUGCUGCGGCGGAGGGCGGGGGCGGAGGCACCAGGAGGUCACACUCACACUCCAGCGGCUCGGAGAGAGCCAACGACAGGCCCGUGCUCUUCCUGUAGUAUGACAACACCGAUGUCUGCCAAAACUUAGGAUUAUACGAACUUAUUUAAUAACUAUACAGUAUGAGGUAUCUAUACGAAGAAGUCACUGCCACCGAGCUCAGAGGCUGGCUCACAUUCACGUCACUAUGGAGAUACAGCAGUCGAGUGCACUGGAAACAGUAUUAGCCCUUGUUUAAUACGGUUUUUGUUUUACCGGUUCUUGUUUCGGUUUGUGAUUAAAUGUUGUGCCAUUUUAUUUAUUACCGUUUUUCAGCAUGGCCGGCUGGCGUGAGACCGGUUUAUAUAGAUGUAGCGUAUUAGAGAUAUCGUUUGGUAACCGUUAGCUACUAGAAAAUAUAAAAUCCUAGGUUCAUAGCCUUUCAUACUAGCCGGCUGUAUGAAAAACAUCUAAAGCCGUCAAACGAGAUUAAACCUCAAAAAAAAAAAAGAUGAAAGUUUCGGAAAUAAAUCUAUGAAAUACGGAUUUUGAGUUGAAUCUAUAACUCGCGUCAUCCUCCGCAGCCUGUACUUUGACGUAGAAUUUGGCGCCAAAACAUGUCGGCGUUAUUUUUAUUUCAUUCUAUAAUAAAUGUAACUCCAAUUAUUAGUUCGUAACAACGACGCCAUAUUUAGUGUAUAUUAUAAUGUAUGUUUAAUAUAUGUGAAUAUUAUUUAAAAUAUAAUAAGCAAGUAAGCUAGGUAGGUGCUGUAGGUGUAGCGGGAAAGGUUUCGGGAGCGGUCUGACGACGACACACGUGUAAGGUGUAUCAAAUCAAGUUAUUUAUUUAAUAGAGAGUUCGCAGAAAUGUUAUGAAGUGCUAAUGAGGCAUGGGCGAGCGUUUCCUAUGGAUUUAUUAAGAAUAUCGUCCUUGAAUUAAAAAUCACUAAAACCUACUUCGUGAUCUCGAUGUGACGUAAGUGACGUUUACCAAAAAAGUUAAAAUCACUGUCGAAAUUACCGAUUAUAUUAACUAACGUUGUAGAUUUGAUCGUAGAUGUGUGUCGUCUCAAAGCGUUUCCUACACUCGAGUCGGAUACGGACGCUAUAUAUAUAUAUAUUUUAAGAAAAACUGAUCACGUAAUAAUUAAUUUGGAGGUCAAUGACACUGUCGUCACCGAAUUUAAUAAAAUUGGGACUAAAAGGUUAAAUAUGUUAGAAUAUUUAGUGUGGGACUCCGCGAGGAGCUCACUUUAAACACGUCUGUAUACGUAGACCGUGGGAUUGCUGAUUCAGUGAGGGUAACACUAGCUUAGAUGUAAGGUAAGUAGGUAUUUGACGAUGAGACGUCACGAUCAACCCGCUGGCGAGUCUUAGUGUGUUUAGAUCCUAAACAAAAUAUAUUUGGCGUAUUUCCUUUAUUAAUAUUAGUUGUAAACAUAUCAUGCUUAUGACGGUCCCCGGAUUGUCGUAGUUUGUUUUAUUUAGAUGAAUAUAUCCAAGACAUUUUCGCGCCUUUUUUUUUAUUAUUUUGACGUUUGCGUUGACGGUCAGUUUUGACAUUCGGUCGCGACCAUGGAGGUCAGAGAAUUGAGGUUUUAUUUAUGAAGAUGGAAUGAUUUUUGAAAAAUAAAAUUUUGAGUUCGUAUGUGAUCAAUGAUUUUUAACUGGAUGCAUGUGGCUGUAGCACGUUCUGUUCGCUAUAAGGGUGUAUUUGAAACGCAUCAGUCCCUCGCGGCCGCGAUGUUGAAGGGAUGUGACGUCACUACGUAUGUAUGUUUAUACAACAUCUAUGUUAUUAAUUUUCCAAAAAAAUGAAUCUAGUCCCCUCGAACCGCUGCCUCCUCUUCGCCCCUCCGCCGUGACAAGGAAUGAGGAUUUAUAUUUUUUUAUAUUUUGUAUAAUUAAGAAUAUAUUUUAUAGAUCGGUUUAUUGAACUGUAAAUACCGUGAUUUUAUUUUAUAAUACUCAUCUUACAUUUCUAAAGCAUUUAAAUUAUUUUGUAAGACGCCGUUUCUUCGGUAUCGGAGACGCCAUCGGUGUGAUAGCGCCAGCCUAGUACGUUUUAAGAAUUAUUUUAUAUUCUAUUCUGUAUAUUAAUUGUUAUUAUUUUUAUUAUUUCGACGGGCGAUGAUUAAAAUGUGUAAUUUUAAUAAACAAAUAGACAUUUGUA